AUGACUGACGAAAACGUGUCUGAUCCCGCCUCGAGCAUCGUUCGUACCGGCAGCUCGAUGCCCUUUGUCGUCUUCGCUGGUGCCAAUGCCGCAGCGAACCACCUCCUGGAACUCGUCCGGGUGACGACAUCCCCUUCGGCCCUUCAAGCGCCUGGCGAUCCGGCCCUUGAAGCCCCUGGCGACCAAGCCCGCUAUGUCUUACCAGUGCCCGUGUGGACCAUGGAGAAAGACAGCAGCAUCACUAAAUGGAUGAUUGGCAGCGGAGCGCCUCCAUCGUCCGCAGAGGAUGGCCUGACUGCCGCCCAGCCGGAUAUUCUCCUCUGUCCGCCUGGAGCAUCAGCCAGCGCUUCAUCCGCUCGCCAGGACAUUCACCCUCUGCACGCUGUCCUCUACUUUCAUCCUCGGUCAGGUGGGCUGGUCUUUGAGAACCGAUCUGGGAACUUGAUCGUUUACGAGGGAGGUGGCAAGGACGGACAGGACUUGGUGCUUACCAAGUACACGACUAUGCAGACGCUUCUUUGGAAGCGAGAGAACUAUCUUCAGUUCGGGGAGCAUCGCUUCCUCAUCUCCUUCGUCUCCCAAAGCACCGAUGACCAGGUUUAUAUCGGCCAGCAAUUUGACAACAUCAUCGGCUGCCUCUAUGGUUCCCUUGCCCCAUCGACCUUGUUCAACUUCACCCCGGGGCCUGAUGCCCACCUCAACUGGCACAUAGCAGUACACAAGCUGUUUCCAAAGAAACGACUGGCCGCCGGAAUUGAUGUUCGCACGGGGCAGCCCCUUGUCGUGGAGAAGGUGUCGAAAAAGGACUCCAUGGCCCGACAAUAUAUCGUCACUCGGCUUCAAGCUAUAUACAGGACCGACAUCGGGCCGCAAGAGGGCAUCAUGAAGGCCCUUGACGUCUGGUGCAACGUCGGCAGGCUAUGUCACAACCUUCGCCACGAGAGAGGCGGGCCAUGCCACUGUGAAUAUAUCGAAUAUUCCAUGCCCGUCGCUGAGCACAGCUUUCAGGACAUGCCCUGGGACGAAGUGACGGCCAACGACCGCAUUCAUUACUUCAGGCAGACCCUGGUUGGGCUUGCCAAGUUACAUGAUAUGGGCAUCAGACACGGCAAUAUCUCGCCUACAUCAUUGCUGCUUCUCACCGAGGAAGGGUGUGAGAUGCCUGAUUCCGACAGGUAUUCGGUCAAGAAGCUGAAGGCUGUCCUAUCGGUAUGCAUGCAGCCGACUAAGACGGCGAAGCAGAGCUUGUGCAUUGCGCCCGAGCUCCUAGCUGGGCUUUUCUUUCGAUACUGGGAUCUGAUCACGCCUGAUGAGUCUGGAGCACAGGGCACGGGCGAGAAUGAGGCUGUUGCUGCCGCGGUUCCCAACGAUGCUAAUAGCCUGUCUCUUGGAGAGUCUGACGACCAGGCAAUGGAAUCAUUCUGUGCAUCCCUCAACGACGCGACCGCCUCGAUCCCUGAACUCCCCAGCAACGACACAGCCGAGCUAGCUCAAAGGAUCCUCAACGACGCCGACGCAAUGCUCGGUGACGUUUCUGGUGGCAAUGGAUGGCAGCUAGUUGAUGACAUGCAAUACCUCGACGGGAAAGAGGCCGAUGUCUGGGCCCUGGCCAUGUCGUGGCUCUCGACCCUCAUCGCCCUUCCAUCUGAGACCAUAAUCACCAGAGACAUUCACAGUCGCCUCCUGGACGACCUGGACGCUCAGAUCAACAGCAGUGGCACCACGAAUGAGAAGAUCAUGGCUCUGAUUAUCCGCGACAUGCUCUGUUGGGAUCCGCAGGCUCGGCCAAGGGCAGAGGAUGCCCUUCAGCAUCCCGCCUGGUCCGUCAUCAUGAUGAGGCUGGCCAACGAGGAAGACAAAAAGCGGAAGCGAGGUGGUAUCAGUCGGCAGGGCAGUCAGAUUGUGUGCGCCUAA